AUGACACCUACACUUUUGAGUGACGUCCAUUGCCAUCUUCAAAACAAUUUACAAAAUUGCUUUUUAGUUGAUGGAAAAUAUGACUAUUACCAUUAUUUAUGUGAUGGCUUCGAUGAUCGGGGCUGGGGCUGUGGCUACAGAACGUUACAAACAAUUUGUUCCUGGAUGAAUUAUAACUUAGAUAAACCAUCAAAGGUUCCCAGUAUCAGAGAAAUUCAGAGCAUUCUUGUUAAGUUGGAGGACAAGCCUAAAUCCUUUUUAAAUUCUAGGCAAUGGAUUGGAAGUUUUGAGGUUUGUCUCGUAAUAGAUAAACUAUAUGAUGUUCCAAGUAGAAUAGUACAUGUAAAAAAAGAAGAUAAUUUAGAAAGUAUAGUGGAGACUUUAAAGAAUCAUUUUGAAAAGUUUGGCAGCCCUAUAAUGAUGGGAGGUGAUGUUGAUUGUUCAUCAAAAGGUAUAAUGGGGGUUCUUGUGGAUGGAAAUAAUUCAAAAUUACUGGUUGUGGAUCCCCAUUGUGUUGGUAAACAAAGUUCUAGAAGUUUUCUUCAGGAUAAUGGUUGGGUCAAAUGGCAGCCGUUAAAUGAUUUCUUAAGUUCCUCAUUCUAUAAUUUAUGCCUUCCUCAAGUAAAAGCAAAGGGUAAAUAA